AUGGUGCAUAAGUCGGAGCAGGUAUGCAAGUUCAACGGGCUGCUCCUCCAGUCAACGACCCGACCGACACCCGCCUGGCCAGCUUGCCCGCUGCCCGCCCAUGCUUGCUGCGGCGCCGAGCGGGCUCGUCGUCACCUGUUUGUUACGUGUGCGACACCGAGUGUUGAUCAAAGGGCGAGGAUCUUCAUGCACCUGUUGUCUUUCUGUUCCCUGGACGGGACAGGAGGCCGGACUGCCACACCUCUUAUCGGUUGGUGCGUUCGCCGUCUUGUCGGCGCAGGGAGCUGA